UCAGUGUAUGUUGAUCCAAGCAACAGUUCCAUCAGUUCUGUUGUUUCAUCAACCAUUUCUGAACAGUCAACAGCAGAUAUGACAAACACGACGUCAACAACAACUUCUCCCGGGGAGCCUGUGCUACCAGACAAGGGUUCUGCUGAAGAUGAACACAACAGUUCAAUGUCUAUCUUCUUUGUGCUUUGUGUGUUGGCAUUAGGCAUCAUGCUUAUCCACUUCAUGCUGCAAAAGAACUUUCAGUAUUUGCCAGAAAGUAUUGCAAUUGUUUUUCUGGGCGGUCUCAUAGGUCUCAUACUUAAUCUUAUGUCAAAUCAGAAUAUUGCAAAUUGGAGGAAGGAAGAGGCCUUCUCUCCAACAGCUUUCUUCUUGGUUCUUCUUCCUCCAAUUAUAUUUGAGUCAGGCUAUAACUUGCAUAAGGGCAAUUUCUUUCAGAAUAUAGGUUCUAUCUUAGUAUUUGCAAUUUUGGGCACAACUGUCUCAGCCUUGGUCAUUGGUGCUGGUAUCUAUGUGUUGGGAUUGGCAAAAGUUGCUUAUCAGUUGAGCUUUGUUGAGAGUUUUGCAUUUGGGUCAUUGAUAUCAGCUGUAGAUCCUGUUGCCACUGUUGCCAUAUUUCAUGCUAUGAAUGUGGAUCCAGUACUCAACAUGCUUGUGUUUGGUGAGAGCAUUCUAAAUGAUGCUGUUGCAAUUGUGCUGACAACUUCUAUUCUUGAGUCUAGUAGCCCAACAAUGACAUCCUCAGAGGCACUGAUCACAGGCUUUAACAGGUUCUGCCUCAUGUUCUUUGCAUCUGCUGGAAUUGGGGUUAUGUUUGCAUUGUCAAGUGCACUGCUGUUGAAACAUGUGGACCUGAGAAAGAAUCCUUCACUGGAGUUUGGGAUGAUGCUGGUUUUCACAUAUGCACCCUAUGCUCUUGCUGAAGGCAUUCAUUUGUCAGGCAUUAUGGCAAUUCUGUUCUGUGGAAUUGUCAUGUCACAUUACACUCACUUCAACCUCUCCACAGUAACCCAGAUCACCAUGCAACAGACGAUGCGUACUUUGGCAUUUAUUGCAGAGACAUGUGUCUUUGCAUAUCUUGGAUUGGCAUUGUUCAGUUUCCAGCACCGUGUGGAGCCAGCAUUGGUUGUGUGGAGUAUUGUGCUAUGUCUUAUUGGCCGGGCUUGCAAUAUCUUUCCACUUGCUGUCCUGUGUAACCACUUUCGAGAACACCAGAUCACCCGUAAGAUGAUGUUCAUCAUGUGGUUCAGUGGGUUGCGAGGUGCCAUCGCUUAUGCACUGUCUCUUCACCUGCAGUUCAGUGAUGAAACGCGACAUGUGAUUGUGACUACAACACUCAUUAUUGUGCUCUUCACGACUUUGGUGUUUGGUGGAUCUACCAUGCCUAUAAUGAAGCUGCUCCUAGCAGACAAGAAGGGAAGCAGUCAUCGGAGGAGACGAGAGAAGGAGAUAACUCUCAGCAAGACCAAGGAAUGGGGUCAAGCAAUAGAUUCAGAACAUUUGUCAGAGUAUACAGAAGAAGAGAUGGAGGUGAAUUUCAUCCAGUCUCACAUCAAGGGUUUUGCAAAAUAUGACCUCAAAUACUUCAUUCCUUUCUUCACACGGAGGUUCACACAGCAGGAACUGAAGGACUGCAAGAGCCAGAUGACUGACCUGACAAAUCAGUGGUACCAGGCCAUCCGUAUCUCUCCGACAGAAACGGAUGAAGAAGCUAACACUUCAUUGCCCUGAUGUUGCUACUAUUGCUGUCAGGUGGCCUAUUGCAGUUUUUACUCUGUAACAUGAUGUGAUAUUUAUAAGCUUGCAAAUGCUGUUCAUUGAUGUGAUAUUCAUGUUUUCUGUCUCAGAGAUUUACGAGUGUAAUAUACCAGACAGUAUUUUAUAGGGUGUAAAAUAUAUACCCUUCAACUUAUA